UUUCAGAUUUAUUCCCUUUAAAAUUGAUUUUUUAAUCCAUUGUGUACGGUUUUUGUGCGCCGAUUGUUAUCAAUAACUGCGGUUACGCCAUCAACAACAACAAAAACAACAAUCAGCGAAGUUAAGUCGCCGACGUAACCAACAACUACAGCAACAACAAUUCAUUUGUUUGUGUAAGAGUGUUUGUGCUACGCUGCUGCCGGACAAUGCCAGGCGCGCAAGCGAUGCGGUAACCCUCCCAUUCAGCCACAGCGAGCGCAUACUCUGCAAAAGAGCAAAAAAAAACACAACUACAACAAAAAAGGAGAAAGCAGCGAGAUCGAAGGCAGCAAAUCAUUUACGCAAACAAAUAAGCGCACAAGCACGUACUCAAGCCUAAUCCCGGGCGUUUGAGCAGAAAGCCGACAAAGAAUAAACAACUUCGGCCAAAAAUACCAGAUACACACAAACGCUGAGUUACAUAACGCGCGCCAGUUACGCCCGAGGUUAUACGGGCUAAGGCGCUUUAUUCCAAUAAUCCUGCGGGCGGUUGUUGAGCUCCGGUGCCCAGUGCGCGUCUCGUCCCAAAAUAAAACGAGCAAAAAAUAUUUAAGUUGAAAUUCCAGAAAUAAAUCCAUCAGCGCACUGGAAUUUCGUAAGGACACCCAUACACACACACACACACACAUACAUAAGCACCAUUGUGUGACGCACACUUGAAAUUCCAACAAUUUCAUCGUUUUUCGUUCGCCUGGUUUACCGUUAAGUUUCCAUCAUUGCGUUUUUAUAUUUUGCACCCACGUGCCCCGAGCACAACCACCAUCCGCACCAGUUGCAGCAGCAGCAGCAACAGCCGCAUACGCAGCAGAAGGUUGUGCUCCUGCCAUCGCCGGCAACUCACCUCUACUCACCGCACCCGCACAGCGGCGCACACACCUACACCGCCGGCCACACCUGUGACGCCGAGACGUUGGCAUACGCGAGCAAGGCAGCCGCGCUGACGGCCAACCACAGCUUAAGCAGCAGCAACAGCGCCGCCAGCAGCCCCACCAACAGCUUCUACAAGCAUCACACGACGUCGUCGUCACAUUUCCUCAGCGUCGGCGACACCAUGAAGCUGUCAAAGCUGUCUAAUCAGACGAACUCGCAGGAUCCGCAGGCGGUGAAUUCGCGCAUCUUUGUGGGCAAUUUGAAUACGUUCCAGUGCUCGAAAACGGAUGUGGAACGUAUGUUCCAGAUUUAUGGUCGGUUGGCGGGUAAGUGCAGGCAGAGAGUGAAAGAGCGAUUGAAUAUCACAUUUAAUUACAUUUGUUGUAAUGAAAAUUUUAUAUUUUUUUACUUUCAUUGUCUGUUUUCAGGUAUAUCGAUGCAUAAAGGUUACGCUUUCGUGCAAUUCACAAAUCCUUUCGAUGCCCGCAACGCUUGCCACGGCGAAGACGGACGCACUGUGCUAAGUCAGACAUUGGAUGUCAAUAUGGUCGCCGAACCCAAACCACACCAAAUUGGUAGAAAACGACAGAAUGUAUCCAAAACCGGAAAUGACUGGGACUACUUCUACGACAGCUACUGCUCGUCGACGCUGCUGCGCUCAUCCAGUGUCCGACCGAAGAAGCGUAAACGCCUAAUGACAUCCACGUCGCGUUUGCUCAGCGAUGCGGUGAAUAGCAGCAACAUAAAUGCCGCAGUCGCUGCAGCAGCACUGGCCCAACAACACCAGCAACAGCUGCAUCAACAGCAACAGCAACAACAACAGCAGCAGCAACAGCAGUCGACGCACUUGUUGCCCCAUCCACAUCAUCAGCAUCACGUGCAGCAGCAGCAGGCGCAUACUCACCAUCAACAACAACAACAGCAGCACCAGCACCAGCAUCAGCAGCAGGUGGCCGCCGUCGCCAUGGCUGCCAUGACAGCCAACCUCCUGCCACAGCAACAAUUAUUGCUACAUCAGCAUCAGCACAGCUUGCUGGGCAAUGCCACCGCUGCCGCAGCCGCCGCGGCUGCUGCUGCCGCCACAUGCAAUGGUGUUGCCGGCAGUGCGAGUGGCGCCAACACACCCACCAGCGCCGCCGCACAUCACAGUCUCAGCGUCUAUUUGCAACAACAACAGCAGCAACAGCAACAACAACAACAGCAGCAGAUCAAACAACAGCAACAAGCGGCGGCGGCUGCGGCCGCUGCGGCAGUCGGUCAAUACACGCUGACCGCGACGGGUGGCUUGCAAUUGAAAUCGUCGUCAACCGUGCAGAAUGCCACAUCAGCAAUAAUUGCCGCCGCUAAUCAAACAACGCUGUUGAAUGGCGCUGGUGGUACUGGUGCGGCUGGCCUCAAUGGUGUUGGCAGUGGUGGUGGUGGUGGGGCCAAUGAGCAGAUGUCAACAGCAGCCACCAACUAUGGCAGCUUGGCAAAUGGCCAAACGCAGCAACAACAACAGGCUUCGUAUAUUGGUGGUGCCUUGCAACCAUUGACAUUGUCGCUGCCUGGUAUGCAGCAAUCACAGCAACAACAACAACAACAGCAGCAGCACAAGUCAUCACUUUUGCAAAAGCAAACACAACAACAACAGCAACCGCAACAACAACUGCUGCCGCAGCAACAAGAGCAAUUAAGUUCGAAUCAACAAUGGGGACCGUUCAAAGUUUACAGCAAUCCGGACACAUUAAUUUGCGGCAAUUGUCGGGAAUGCUUCAACGAACUGGCUGAAUUAUUAGACCACAAGCGGAGUUAUUGCAAGUUGCGUUUCACUUGCAAGUGCCAGGAUGUUGCCUUUGCUGCAAAAACACCGCCGAUGAGCGCCAAACUGUUAUGUGCCGUUUGCAAGGAUGCCUUUGCUAAUCCGUGGGAUCUGAUGGUGCACGCACAGGCUGCGCACAUGGUCAACAUUUACGAAUUGGGCAAUGAGGCUAAUAACAAUUAUGCCACCGCUGAUUGUGCGGAGGCUAUUGCCGCUGGCAAUGCCAACAACAACAACAGCAGCAGCAAGAAUGUUAAUGUUAACACCGUCACACCGUUGUCCACCACUGCCAACAAUAUUAGUAGCACAUUCAGCAGCAGCAAAAACAACAACAGCAGCAACGUCGCCGCUGAUUUGGCCAACGCUGCGCAGUUGGCGUCGCCAUCGUCCUCACUGUCACAGUUUAAGCUCGAGUUGAACAACAACAACAACAGCAAUAAUAACAAGAAUAUCGCCAACAACAAUAAUAACAGCAUCAUCAUCAGCAAUAACAACAACAACGGCGGCAGCAAUUGUGACAUUAGCAGCAAUGGCAAUGAAAUACAAAUGUCGCCAACAACCGAAACAUUGUCAACGCCAACAUCGGUGGCUGGCAAAUUAGAGAGCAACAACAACGGCAACAAUGAAAACAACAAUAUCGAUAUGAUAACGGGCAAUAUGUCGGCUGGCGGCAACAACGGUUUCAUGCCCAGCAAUGGGCUUGGCGGCGACGCCGAUCACUGCAUGGAAGGCAAAUUCGGCAUUUGCAACAGUCCAACGAAUGGCUCGAUGGCCAACAAGGAGGAAACUCAGCACUCACCAUUGGAUGGCCACACCACAAUCUUGGCACACAACCACCAAGCAGAUGAUGUCAAAAUGUUGAAUGGUUCGAUCUCGUCGCGUGGCAGUUCGCCAGCUUUGGAGCAUGAAGAACAAGAGCAGCAAACGCAGAAGCCACAACCCGCUUGCAUUGUGCGCACACUGAGCAUUGAAGCGGCGACCACAUCAGGCACAACUGCCAACUUGAUGGCCGGCACUCUGGCUUUAAGCCUUACAAAUGGCGUUGGCAAUGCCGCCACAGCAGCAGCAGCGGAAAUCAAAUAAAUAACAACAACAUUGGCAGUAAUCGCGUGACUUAUAUAAUACCAUACAUACAAACAUAAAUAUAACACAGCAACACAAACAAAAGUCAAAUUAAAAUGGAUGCGAGUCUGGUUGCACAUGGCGUAUGAGUGACGCGGGGGAUAUUACAGCUGGCGGUUAAGUCACAUAAUUAUACAUACACACAUUUAAUAUACGAAAAGCAUGUGUGACUCGUUUGCGGUAGGUGGAAUAUAUAUGUAAUUAUAUUGUUAUGCGAAUUUGGUGGCGAUUGAAAAAUUAACAGUAAACUUGAUUUGCAGUUUUGAA